CCGGAAGUAGCUGUCCGCUGUCACUGCACAUGGGACCCGGAGCUGGGAUUCUUACCUGCAUCGGGCAGCGGUGACCCGGGUGAUAAGCAGAGCCUCCAUGGAGGAAGAUGAAGACUGCCCAGAACUUGUGCCUAUAACUGACAUAGCACCAUCUGAUGAGCCAGAGGCCAAGAUACCCGUUACCAUCAUCACAGGCUACCUUGGUGCAGGGAAAACCACUCUUUUGAACUACAUUCUGACUGAACAACACAACAAAAGGAUUGCAGUUAUCAUCAAUGAAUUCGGGGAAGGUAGUGCUGUGGAAAAAUCUUUGGCCAUCAGUCAGGCUGGUGAGCUGUACGAGGAGUGGCUGGAAUUGAGGAAUGGCUGUCUGUGCUGCUCUGUGAAAGAUAAUGGCCUGAAAGCUAUCGAGAAUCUAAUGCAGAAGAAAGGGAAGUUUGACUACAUACUGCUGGAGACAACAGGACUGGCCGAUCCAGGUUCAGUGGCUUCCAUGUUUUGGGUUGAUGCUGAGUUGGGAAGCGACAUAUACUUAGAUGGCAUUGUAACGGUUAUCGAUGCCAAGUACGCCAUACAGCAUCUGACAGAAGAAAAAACAGAGGGUCUUAUAAAUGAGGCAGCCCGGCAGGUUGCCCUAGCUGAUGUCAUCAUCAUCAACAAGGUUGAUUUGGUGUCUGAGCAGGAACUGGAAGCCGUAAUAGUUGCUGCUAGGUCAAUCAACGGAGUUGUGAAAAUUUUGAAGACCCAACGUUCAAGAGUUGAUUUAACAGAAAUCUUAGAUUUACAUGCUUUUGACAGCACAUUUGGGGAAAGUUUGCAGAACAAGUUUAUUACUGACGCAACCCAUCCGCAUCUCGAUAAGAGCAUUGUCACAGUUACAUUUGAAGUUGCCGGGAGUGUGAAUGAAGAAAAACUCAACUUAUUUAUUCAGGAUCUGCUUUGGGAAAAAAAUGUGAAAGAUGGGAAAGGCAACGCAAUGGACAUUAUACGAUUAAAGGGACUGGUGUCUGUCAAAGAUAAGGCUCACCAAAUGAUCCUACAGGGAGUUCACGAGUUGUACGAUCUUGAAGAGACCCCAGUGAGCUGGGAAGACUCGACCGAACGAAUAAAUAGAAUGGUGUUUAUAGGUAGAAAUUUGGAUAAGGAUAUCCUCAAAGAGCUAUUUUUAGAGGUGGUAACUUCCUGACUCGAUUUUCAUGGAAGCACCCGAUUGAGGGCUUUCUACCCCAUCAAUGGAGUCCUGAUAAUAAACUGGUUCUUUGCCACUGUCAUGUUUGUAUGUAUACAGAUGUAUGAUACAUUAUUCUUGUUUAAAUAAAAUCCUAAUGUAAGUUAAUAAUGUUUGGCCCUGGUAGUUAUGACAAUAUAUACAAUAUUAAUAUUUUCUAUGAUGACAAUAAAAUAAGCAGUGAUGUUUAACACCA